AUGACACGAUUCAUUGAUGCUUCCCAGCUCGAGCAUAACUCCUGGCAAGCGAGAACAGCUGCUCAUCUGCAAAACGCACGGAAGCAUACCGCGCGCCUGGGCGGGAAGAAGUCUCGCACUGGAUGCAACACUUGUAGGCUACGCAAGGUAAAGUGCGACGAGACUCGGCCAGCCUGUCGCCGCUGCCAGACUGGCGGGCGGCAAUGCGAGGGGUACCGGUCUUUCUCUGGUCUGUCCGCCAUCCAUGCGAGACCGCUAACGUCCGUCGCCACGACUCCUUUCCUGGCUUUGCCUGACCGAGACAAGCGUCAGCUCGACUUCUACAUAUCUUGUGGCGCGUCAAGACUAGCAGGCUCACUCGAUAGGGACUUCUGGACUCGUGACAUCUUGCAGCUCGCGCAUUUCGAAUCUUGUGUCCUGGACAGCUUGCUUGCCAUAUCUACCCUUUACGAACAUCCACAGUACCUCGAGCGAUUCAGUAGAAGCCAUCCUUCGGACCCGUCAGACCAGGAUGAAGAUGACGGGAAGAAAGCCACAGUCGUUCUGUCCGCUGAGAGUGAAGAAGGCCAAUCACCGCCAGACCAGCAUCAUGCUGCCGCUCUUCACGCAUAUAACAGAGCAAUCGCGAAAUUCCGACAGCGAUUGGAGGACGGCAAAGCUUCUCCUUUGCUAGCACUGGUUAGCUGCGUGCUAUUCAUCUGUAUCGAGGUGAUACGUGAUGAUGUAUAUGCUGCCCUGGGACUGUUUAGCAAGAGUACUGGGCUCCUUCAACAGUUCGAAGGUCAGGCUUUCACCAACGAUGAGCGGCGACUCGUCACUGCAGUCAAGCUCAUGCUAGAUCGCAUGGGAGUUCUAGCUGCAGCUUUUGGCCACCCGAGGCCUCAAAGCUAUACCCCCGAUAAAAAGCCUGGUGACCAGUUGAGACGCUUCAAGGAUAUGCACGACGCUCGAAAUGCCCUAUUUUCAAUCAUGGCAGAUGGUCACGAUUUUGUACGCAACGUCUCUUCAUAUCGAGCGAAGCUAUUUGGUAAUACGAUGCUACCUCCAACUCCUUCCAAGUAUGAGGAACAGGACGACAGAAGGCCCGAAGAUAGCGACAUCAACCUGGCAUCUAGCGAACCUAUCGCACCCGAGUCGAACGUGAAGAGCCUUCUGACACCUGAUCAGCGACGGCCUGAGGUUAAAGAGGACAGGAUUUUGUUGGUGUCAUCGUUUGAUGGCAUGCAUGGCGAAGUGCACUGUGCUUGUGAUGGCGGAGAAGAUAUGUGUGCUGUAUGUUACACUGGUAAAGACUACUCGGACCCCAUACCUCGCAUAUCCGGGCGCCAAAGAAUCUCGGAUGGUUCAUCACCAGAAUCGGAUCUGAAGACAUUGCAAGCCGAACAGAAUAGACUCGAAACUCGACUCCGGCAAUGGCGAGUUGAUCAUGCAGAAAUGUGUGAAUUCGUUGAGAGCCAAAGAACAGAUGCCGUGAGCAGCCUAAUGCUGUACUUCCACACCUCUCACAUCUGGUUAAGCACCCGGCUCACGCUCUUGGAGUCUUCCUUCGAUGAUCACACUGCUCAUUUUGAAGAGGUCCUGCGCCACGCCGAAAUCUACAUCACCAGCAAAGAGGACGAACGCCUGACAUUCACAUUCGAAGUGGGUGCCAUCCCACCUCUAUACUUCACGGCCACAAAAUGUCGCGUACCUUCAAUCAGGAGACAAGCACUGCGUCUCCUUGCUAGAGCACCGCGAAAGGAAGCCAUGUGGGGCGCGACCUCGACUGGACAGAUAGCUGCUCGGCUGAUGGCCAUUGAAGAGGAAGGACUUGGUCUGACCCCGCCCGCAUGGGAUGGCAAGCCAUUGUACCCUGGUGGAGCAAUGGUGCAAGACCAGGAUAUGGACUCCAGGCUUCCUGCCGAAGAUAUGCGCAUUCACCACCUACAGCUCCUGGUGGUGAAGGCGACUCGAGCACAUGAGAUGCGUGUGUGCCGAUCUCGACUCGUCAAUGGCGAGCUCGUUGAAAUUAUGCAUGACUUUGCAAUAUGA